AUGACGACUGAAGUCCAUGAAGACGCCGUGGAGCAGCAGCAGCAGCAGCAGGAGGAGGACAGAGUUGUGAGGACAGACGGCGUGCUGCGCUCCGUGCUCAGAGGUCUCCUCUGGCCUUUACGCAUCCUGGUACGUGGAUACCGCGGGUUUUGGUGGAUGUUGGGCUACCGGCAACCCCAAGAGAUAGUCGUCGUCACCCCCGUGGUUCAAAGCCCCUCACGGCACAGCCUCACCGGCCGGAAGCGUCUCCGUCGGAUCACCCGCUUGCUGCUGUCCAUCCUACCCUGGUGUGUGCAGGGCUUCUUGGGCUACCCGGUGGCCAGCCGCAUCGGCCUCUCCUUGUCCCCAGAAAUCAGAGGCUCUCCUACAAAACCUUGUGGAAAAGGCAGCAAGAGGAAGCAGGAUGAGUUGGACGAGGAUGAAGACGAAGAGGAGCAGCCGACCUGGGUGGAGGCGCUCAGUCAGGACCUCGCCGAUGACGAAGGCCCCGACGUGGAUCCUGACUUUGAGCCCAGUACUAUAGAAACGGAUACUGAAGAAUACAACUUGCACAACGACACCGAAAGCGACUUCGAGGUUCCAGGGAAAGGCAUUGUUAUUGAGGAUGUGAAGACGGACGCUGAAGUUUCUACGUCGGCUGAAGACUCUGUUCCUGCUGUUUAA